CACGAAAAUUCUGUCGAACCAAUGAGUACCUGAAAUCUGAGUCACAAAGAAAAUCUGACAGUGAUCCCACUGAAAUGAAAUUACAAUUGGAAUUGAGUGAACAAGAAGCUUCAAUUCUUUGGAAAAAGAUUGAAGAACUCGAAGGAGAAAAUGGAGAUCUGAAGGACGAAAUUAAACAAAUUUCAGGAGGAACCUUAGCCAAAACAGCAACAAAAAGGUUAUUAUUGAAUAGUAGAAAAACUGAGGAGACUACAUUACUUGAUUCGAAGAGAAAGAUUUCAGAAAAAAAAAGUGAUAACAGCAGUGCAAAAUCCAAAGAUAAGGAAUAUUGUAGGAGAAAACAAGGUGAAGAAAUGAAAGGAAACUCUGGAAGAAAAGCUAUUUUGUCACAAGAUUUGGACCAACAGAAUUCUGAUCUUCGUAGACUCCACGAGACUCCUCUCUGCAUUGAAGAUUCAUCAUUAGAUAAUGAAUAUUCAAAAUUCUACUCAGGAAAUGAAUCAGUUGGUCAUAAUAUCACAGAAUCCCAUAGAAAUUACCAAAAAUAUGUGGACCAAAUUGCUUUUUUGGAAAGUGAACUGGUGAAGAAGGAUGAAAUCAUCAAACAAUUUGAAGAGGAAAAUAAAAUUGGUGCGACUGAAGAACUCGAAGACGAUAUUGAAUCUAAUAAGAUUUCAAAAAAGAUUACACUGGCAACGAAGGCUCGGAAGAAAGUUAUGAUUACGGAUUUGGAAAAAGAAAUCGGUGAAUUGAUUCUUGCUUUGAGAGUAAGUGAAAACAUGAAGGAAAAACUACAGGAAGAAUUCAAUUCCGAAGUAAAAAAAACAAAGAAAGAAUUUGAAACCCUGAAUGGAGAAUAUAAGUUCACUAAAGAUGAGCUGGAUAAAGAAAAAACAAAAUACUCCGAAAUGUGUAAGAUCAAUGCAGAAAUAAAAUCCAGUUCAGAUCAAAUGAAAGAGUGUUUGACAAAGGCUGCUAAUGAAAAAUCGCAACUAGAAAUGGAAAUCCAAAAACUAAAUGAAGAAAAUGGAAAAAUAUACUAUGAAAAAAACAUUUUGAACGACAAAAUAUGCGAAUUGCAGGCCACAUUAACCCUCCAGGAAAAUGAGAUCAAUUCUAUGAAUCAAGAAUCGAAUGCCCUGAGGAUUUCUUUGGCUGAUAAGGAAAAAGAAAUCGAAAGAUUGAAGGCAGCCCUUAUUGAAAUUACUGAACAG